GUCCCCAUGGUCAGUUUCGCGCUUGUACACUUUCUAAGUAACAUCCAUGUCCGAUUUACCGGCGUUUUGAAACUAUAUUUCCCAAGAUGUUAGAAUCGUUACGACGACGUGAAUUUACGAGUAGAAGAAGUUGGCCCUUUAUUUCCGUCGCUGAGUGCCAACGUGGACCGAUCAUCGUCGAUUACUCUGUCAAACCAGCAGAUACUGCUUUGCUGAGACGUAUCUUCAAUAAGUAUGCAAGCCAUGAAGAAGAAGGGCAGAAGUACAUGACUGCAAAGAACCUUAUUAGAGAUUACCUGGGAAUGCAAAGGAUAGAAGAGUAUAAUGAAACAACUCUAGAGUUGUUGGCUGGCGUUGUGGACCAAACCAAAGAUGGAUUGAUCUCCUUUAGUGAGUUUGUUGCAUUUGAGGCCCUACUUCGUGAUCCAGAUAGUCACCACAAACUUAUUUUUCAACUCUUUGACUUGGAUGGUAAAGGGUCUGUUUCCUAUGAUGAAUUCCGAAAUGUCAUACAGAAGACAACAUUUUAUAAUAAGAUCCCAUUUAAUUUCGACUCCGAGUUCAUAUCAAGUUACUUUGGAAAUGACAAAACAAGGAAGGUCCCCUUCCAGGAGUUUUCUCCCUUGUUACAGGAUCUUGAGAAAGAAUACCAGAGACAAGCUUUCUUUUCAUCAAAAAUGGUAGAAGGGGAGAUCACAGCCAAACAGUUCUCUGAUAUUAUGAAGACUCUACGAGGCCAUUUGUUGACUCCUUAUGUCAGAGCUUACCUAUUAUCAGUUGCUGGAGGAGAGGCCAAGCACCUUGUUAGUUUUGGCUACUAUCGUGCUUUUAACAGCAUGUUGGAUAACAUCCGCACUCUUCAUGGCAUGACUAUGAAGGUCGCUAAAGGAAAUAGAUAUAAGGAAAUAAAAAAAGAGGAAUUGUUGCAUGAAGCCAGGACGCAUCAGGAGAUCACCCCUCUACAGGUCGACAUUCUUUACCACUUGUGUGAUAUGGAUAGAAGAGGGCGUAUAACAGUAUCUGAUGUCCACCAUAUGGUGCCAAGACAUGAUGUUUUCAAAGUUUUCUCGACGGAAAGACAUGAUGAGGAUCUGCUCCAGGAACCUGAUGAGAAUGAUAAAGAAAUGUCAUAUCUGAUGAGGACGGCCCAGCAGGCUUACAGAUUCUCUUUGGGAUCUGUGGCUGGAGCUACUGGCGCCACUGCUGUAUACCCCAUUGAUCUUGUCAAGACCAGGAUGCAGAACCAGAGAGCUGUACUUGAAGCAGAGAAAGUCUAUAAGAACAGCAUUGAUUGUUUCUUCAAAGUUGUGAGGAAUGAAGGCCCAAUUGGGCUGUACCGAGGUCUUCUACCACAGUUGUUGGGUGUGUCCCCCGAGAAGGCCAUCAAGCUCACUACAAACGAUUUUGUUCGUGGUAUCUUCAGUGACGAUGACGGCUUCAUUAGCUUACCAUACGAGAUUGUAGCUGGUGGAUGCGGAGGUGCAGCCCAAGUGAUGUUCACGAAUCCUUUGGAAAUUGUGAAAAUUCGUCUGCAAGUUGCGGGCGAAACCCCUGGAAGGCAGGUUACCGCUUGGCAAUGUGUAAAGGAACUCGGCUUUGGCGGUCUGUAUAGGGGUGCGCGUGCCUGCUUUCUGAGAGAUAUUCCAUUCUCUGCGAUCUACUUUCCCUCAUACGCGCACUUUAAAAUGUACUUUGCGGACGAGAAUGGCCACAACGGAGCACUUGGUCUUUUUGGAUCGGCCAUGCUAGCAGGUGUGCCAGCGGCUGCUCUCGUGACGCCUGCUGACGUCAUCAAGACUAGAUUACAGGUCAAGGCCAGGCAAGGUCAACAAACGUACCGUGGCGUGAUGGACGCCUUCUCGAAGAUCUUGAAAGAGGAAGGAGGAAUUGCCCUUUGGAAGGGUUCAGGAGCUCGCGUCUUGAGGUCAUCCCCUCAGUUUGGAGUUACUCUUCUCACGUAUGAACUCUUGCAGAGGCUUUUCAACGUCGACUUUGGCGGGCAUCCAACAGCGGAAAAAUCCGACUUGAGACCUUCCAACCCCGAUCUGUCACUUAACCCGGAUCACAUUGGGGGCAUGCGUGUCGCAGUGGCGACAUUUGCCGGGAUAGAAACCAAGUUUGGACUCUGCCUCCCGAAAUUCCGCACUCCACAACCAAUGACAUUAAUACCUGGCGAGCCGCCAGCGAAACCCUCCGGUUAAACAAAGUAGCAGAGCUACCAAGUCAGCAAAACCAGGUAGUUUUAAUAAGCCCGCGGAAACGAAGUGGAGUAUAAAUAUGUUCCUUCUCUCUGGACUUCAGAGAAAAUCAUCAGAGACUUCCAUUUAUUGAUGGCAGAGCCUUUUUAAUAAGCGAAAGCUGGGUCUAUCGUCCAUCUUCAUCGAGCGAUUAAAAAAAUGUUGAAAUAUGUCCUCCUUACCGACGUCAAUGAUGUAUAUUUUGGUUAUACAAUACUUUCCUAUCACUGUGUAUUUUUAUUAAUUCGUUUGGUGCAUGUUAUUUUCGAAUAUACGCAUAGAUAGCGCUGGUCUGUUAUCGGGAAGCUCUGGACCCCAAGGGCGAGGCUUUCUUGCACAAGAAGAUAAGGCAUGAUUCGAUUCUAAAAAAAAGCCCAUUUUCAGCUGAUUACGGUCCAUGUGCGCCUUGCUUCGUUUUCAUCUGAUCUUAGUAGUGCCUUCUUGCGCUAGAAAUAUUUAUAGUAAAAAGUUGCGCAAGCUGCAGCACCCCUAAUAUUAUGUUGAAUAAAAUGAUGUAUAGACAAAAUUAAAGUGCCAUUUGAAUUUUUAA